AUGUUUGCGAUCACCUACCUCGUCCUGGCGCUGGUCGCCCUCAUCUUCAGCAGCGUCACCGCCGCUCCAACAACACAUUCAACGCCGUACAAGCAAGUCGCCCAGUACACCCACCCCAACUUCUUCGACGGCUUCACGCUCUACAGCGAUGCGGAUCCGACCUACGGUUUCGUGGAUUACGUCGACGAGCAGACGGCCAAAGACGAGCACCUGACCGGCUGGAUCUAUCGCGAAGGUCCCAACACGACUACCGCUUUCAUCGGCGCAGACUCCACCGGCAUCUUUCCCUCCGGCCGCAACUCCGUCCGCCUGACCAGCAAGAAGGAAUUCAAAGUCGGCAUGCUGGCAGUGAUCGACCUCAUCCACAUCCCAGUCGGCUCUGGUCCCGGUGGCUCAGGUCUCUGGCCCGCGAUCUGGUUUCUCAGCCCCGAGGCGACUUGGCCGUAUGGCGGCGAGAUCGACAUUCUCGAAUACGUCAACCCGACGAAGGAGAGCAGCUUCAACGCCAUGACCCUCCACACCGGUCCUGGGUGCAACGUCGACAACACACCCAACAAGUACCUCGGCGAGCUUACCAACGGCAACACCGAUUGCUCGUACAGCGACACGGGCAACACCGGCUCCAUGGGCUGCUCGAUCCCGGCACCCCUCAAAUACAGCAUCAACGGCCACCCCUUCGCCACCGCAGGACCAGACUUCAACGCCCAAGGCGGCGGUACCUACGUCGCGGAAUGGACGGCCGAAGGCAUUUCAGUCUGGCUUUUCGACCGCUACAACCUCCCCCACGACAUCCACGACCAGCGCCCGAACCCGAAGCGCUGGUCGCAGAAGCCGCUGGCGAAGUUCGCUGGGAAGGGGUGUGAUUACACCAAGAGCUUUUUGCCGAUGAACUUAAUCGUCAAUGUUGAUGUUUGCGGCAGCUGGGCGGGAGAGGUGUAUCCUGGUGGAGCGGAGGCGUGCAAUGAGUUUGCUGCGAAUAAUCCGGAGGCUUAUAGGGAGGCGUAUUUUGAGUUUGGGGGGAUUUUGAUGUAUCAGAGCGAGUAG